UAUCUCACCACGACUUUAGCAAACACUCCGGUUGAUUUGGAGGUGUCGCGAGAGUUUGUUCAAGCAGUGGGCAGUGGCAGGCGUCAGAUUGCGCUGGAAAGCAAGCGAAAUACAGCUGGCUAUUAUGCUUAAUGAUAAAAGACGAGAGAAAACGAAAAAUACUCAAUCAUAAUAGUGCCAAAUACCGUCAACCUGAAGACUGAACGGACGGGAAAUCUGGGCGACACGCUGACUUAGCGAGCUAGCUUAGCGAACCCAGUUGAACUGUGUGGCUGACGCCGUGACAGGGUUCGUGGCCUCUACGUUAACGUGAUCUAGCCUCGGAAGAACAGGUCAUAAGCGGAGGGAGAGACUUCCAGAGACCCAUACGAGGAUUCUGGGUUUUGUGUUUUUGUUUUCUUCACACUUUCCUCUCGCCAGCAAGGAAUAGUCCACUCGUCAGCACCGCAACGCUUUUGUUUGCCUGUACAACUGCAGCACACAGGUGUUCACCCACACGCACCAAUGGAGGCCAUCGCCAAAUACGAUUUUAAAGCCACCGCAGAUGACGAGCUAAGCUUUAAACGUGGGGAAGUAUUAAAGGUAUUGAAUGAGGAGUGUGACCAGAACUGGUACAAGGCAGAGCUGAACGGGAAAGAUGGUUUUAUUCCCAAGAACUACAUUGAAAUGAAAGCACAUCCGUGGUUCUUCGGGAAGAUCCCGCGGGCGAAGGCGGAGGAGAUUCUCAACAAACAGAGGCAGGACGGGGCCUUCCUGAUCCGGGAGAGCGAGAGCGCGCCGGGAGACUUCUCCCUCUCUGUCAAGUUUGGAAAUGACGUUCAGCACUUCAAAGUCCUGCGCGACGGGGCGGGGAAGUACUUCCUCUGGGUGGUCAAGUUCAACUCCCUCAACCAGCUGGUGGAUUAUCACCGCUCCACCUCCGUGUCACGGAACCAGCAGAUCUUCCUCCGGGACAUAGAGCAGGUCUCCCAGCUUUCCACAUACGUGCAGGCGCUGUUCGACUUUGACCCGCAGGAGGAGGGAGAGCUAGGGUUCCGGCGCGGAGACUUCAUCCAGGUUCUAGACAACUCCGACCCGAACUGGUGGAAGGGAGCCUGUCACGGGCAGACGGGCAUGUUCCCACGCAAUUACGUCACACCUGUCAGCCAGAACAUGUAACGCCACCCCGAAACCCACCACCACCCCCAACCCCCCCCCCCAAAGAGAUUGAGAGCGACGCAGGAGAGCGGAAACCGGAGAGGAAGAGGAGGAGUGGAGGAGCCGCGCCGUCACCGAGUCCGGUGGCGGCUGAGAACGACCAACCUUAAUUACCAAGAACACUGCAGGCAGAAUGGGACUGAAGAAACACAGAGAAGGAAAGAGUAGCGCACCAAUAUGUACAUUAAUAGAAAAGAGAAGUGAUUUUAUCUCCCACAGCUGCUUUGCCUUCUCCACUGCUUUGGUCUGUUUUUUUUUUUGUUUUUUUUUUCCUCUUUCCACAUUUUAAUUGCCAUGAAAAAUCCAAAAGUGUGUUUUGCAAGUACAGUUAUCUAAUGUAUUUUUCAAAAAAGAAACAAAAAAAUUAAUUUUAGCGAAGUCCGAGACCAAAUGCACCGCAGUGAUUGUCCUUCAGCUUUGGGAGCUUGAAGUAAAUGACAGAGAAAUUCUUUUAAAAGAGUAUAUAUAUAUAUGUGUUUGUGUGUGUAUAUGUAUGCCUUUUUUUUACCUCAUCGCAUUUCUUUUCCUUGUGUAAAUUAUGUUCUGCUUAAUUUUAGCUUGGAUAAGACCGAGCAGCUAUGGGAACAGCUCAGCUGUCAGUGUAACAGUUCUGGGUUAUCUGAGUGAUCUCAGAUAAGAUGGUGUUAUGUUUAAGACAUAGACAAUUUAUUCUGAACUCACUAACCCUGGAAAAUCUACAUGAAUAACUGCUUCUGUAAAAAAAAAAAAAAACUAUUGGAAUUACACUGGAUUCUUGCUAAUUUGGAGAAUUUUUUUUUGCAAUAACUAUGAUGUAUAACAUGAUCUGAUAAGCCAACCGCCAUUCACCUAAUGUAUUUAUCCCAGCAGUAUUGCUGUAGGGUCAUGAUUGUGGUAGUCUUUGUCCCCAAAUCGCUGAUGUGUGGGACACAUAGAGAAUUGAAGCAUGUGAGAGAAAAUGAUUUCAGACAAAAGUUGACUUGAUUUUUUCAUACUCAAUAAUUUAUAUACACUAUUUACCUUUUGUUAUAUAGACAGUGUUGAUAUAAAUUGGGAAAUCAUGUAAAGUAAUUGCCAGUGAAAAACUGGCCCUGAACCGCUGGAAUAGAGUGUGUGUUUGUGGUUAAGUUGAGAUCAGCUUUAUUGAGCGUACAGUCGUAAGUACGGGUGAGUACUUAGUGUUUGUUCUCAUUCUCUCUGGAUAGUGCCUUUUCCAUCUCUGGUGUUUCAGUGUCUCCAGCCUGCUGAGUGAACCCCAAACGGUUAGACCUGCAGAGAGAAAAAAAUUGUAAAUAACCAUCUUUCUCCCCCCCAUCCCACAUCCCUUGCAUUUUCAUAGCUCUUGUCACCAUGGAAUCCUUAUUAUUUAAAUGUUUGCAUUCUCUAACCUAAUCAUGCUUUUUGCUUGUCUUUUUUUGUUUCUUGAUUAAUAAACAUGAAAUGGUAAAAAAAAAAUGCUAUGUGUUUGCAAAUGUAGUGCAAAGGGAUGCCACAUAGUAUUGGAGCAUUUUCCAGUGUGGCUUAAGAGGCCUGUUGACAGAUCUGUUCGUUUAGUUUUGACGAGUGUGUGAAGUAUUUAAAAGAAUGAGACAUGUUCAUUUAAAGUGUUGAAAUGUUUUGAUAUCUGAAUGUAUUAAGAGGGCUUUAGUAAUUGUACCGUCAAUUUCAAUGCAGUGACUGAAUGAGGAUACACUGUUUUUUGAUCCAUGUUUUUUUUUUUUUGGGAUUUAUUUUUUUUGUUUUUUGAACCAUUACUGUGUAAUUGGGAUGGGAUGCUGCAUCUCCAGUGUGAUUUCAGUCAUGUUUCUCCGUUAGUCUUGCGCUCUCUCCCAUUGUGUCACCCACGUCUCUGUAGCCGUCAUGAUGUUGCAUAAUCUUCUCCGCAGCCCACCCGUGCAGUGAGGCGGCAGUGCAAUUCCAAGAAUCCGAAUAAAGUCUGCACUGCACUUUCAGUACACGCUUUAAUCCUGGUCCCCAGGCUUGCUCUGUACUUGUCCCUGGAGGCAGAACCGGCUGGCUGGAUUUGAACGAAUCAAAUAAAGUGGGAAUGGGUGCCGGGCUAAACCUGAUUAGCUCGAACAAGGCUCUAAUGCCUUUUGUCUGUGAGCACUGGGCUGUUCGCGAUCGUUUAGCAAGAGCCCCAGAUUUCUCAGCCAUGAUCUGGUGAUUAGUUUAUUUUUGUUCUGUUUAUCCUCUCCUGUGUUCCCCAUCUGGCAGGCCACCAGCUGUGCAUGAAUCUCUGCGCCCCCCCCCCCCGCCCCCCCCCAAUUGCCUGUCAGUGGCUUUUCUGUUCUCUCUGCCUCACCUCACGAUGCCAUGCUGAUGUUACCCUCCACUAACAUCAGCUCUGUCUGGCCAAGGUGUUUUGAAAUGGAUUCUGCAAUGUGUGUUGAAGACUAGCAGUACAGUACACUCAUGCGCCCAGUGUGCUAUGCCACACUAAAGACUAUAGGACAGAACCACCACAAUCUGAGAGCAGCCCUUCGCAGUUAAGAUGGAGUCAGAGCGGCCGCGCUUAACCUCGCUUCCCCAAAUCUGUGGCCUGUUUUCUCUCGCCGGGCCUGAAACGUCAGCCACAUGCGCACAUCUGUGUCCUUCCCUUGAGGACGUCCACCGCGGUGGGACCUCGAUCAGAGCAGUUCUGGUCUGGCGCAAUGAAGGCCGUGAGGUCGAGGGCUUUAGCCUAGCUGCAGAAGUUGAGGAUGAAGCAUGCAGUAUCUCUUCAUCAACUCAUUACACUCGCAAAACCCUGGAAGAGGGAAGUUUAAUCUGGGGGAUUUCAUCCACGGGGUAACGGCAGGUCAUUAUAAUAUUUUGUCAUUUCUGUAAAGGCCUGCCGCCUUGAUGUUUUUACAAAUGGGGGGGGUUUUUUAAUUCCAGUGUGGCAUGUGACCUUUGGUUGUGUAACAGACUGACAGAGCCAGAUGUAAUCUACAGUAGCCACGCUAUGCUGGUCUGUUGCACUGCACUGCCCACCUUCCUGCCUACUCCAGUGUCCUUUCUGCUGGGGCUCUUUUCAAAUUUUGAAUUGCUUCCAAGUAGCUCACCGCGAGUUCAGUUUUAAUCCUGUGUGUUAAUCCUUCUGUUAAAGCUCUCACAAAAGCUGUGUUUAUUGUCGUUUGAAACGUUUUGGAAGAUAAGAGGAAAAUGCGUAUCUGGAGAAAAAGAGAUAAAGAGAAUAAUUGUUCUGUGUGCCAUGUGAGUCUUUCUGAGCAGAAAAACGGGGAUUCAGAUGUAAGCCAUAGUUACCGUGUACUAGACUGUGGGUGCAAUUGCAGCCAUGUGCCUCUUUGGAAGCCACUGAAAUGGUCAAUUCAAUUACGCUGACAAUAUUCCUGGAUGAUUUCACACAAGUUUCAUUUUUGAUUUUUUAUUCUCAGAAUUAAUUACAAAGAUCAGCCAAUUCUUCUUUGAACCUUGUUAUCAACCUGUCUCCUAGUUUCGUCCUGAAUUGUAUUUGCAAAGUGGCAGAAGCCAUCGAGGACCAUGUGAUUGUGGACUUACUGCUGGAGUUUAUGUAUAUCUGACAUAAAGGUGUUUCAUGUACAUAUACCUGGAGAAGGGGGUGUGAUUAUCCCUUUAAAUCUGAUGCAGCAUUUUUUUCAUAUUAGUGGAUAGACAAUAACUGUGAAUAAUAAAAUAAUCAC